UCGGCGUCGGGCCCCAUUGAAAGGCAAUCGGUCCCGACCACCAUGACUUGAUUUUGGACUAAUCCACAGCUUAAGAACUUGUGCUAUUAUCGCGACUCUAGAUAUGAUCGUCUAUUCGCUCUUUCUGGGCCUAUUGGCCUUGUACGUGGUUGGCUACAUCCGACGCCUAGUCACGUAUACCCGUCUCGUCCGCCCGCUGAAGCUACCCUACGUGGUGGUUCCGUUCUCCGAUACCGAUCUUUUGAUGAUUCUGCUGUAUGGAUUCCGGUCGGUUCGGUAUGCCAUCAGCCGCUGGCUUCCGGGGUGGUUGGCCGAUCGCCUGAACGAGGCGAAACUGAUCAGUCGCUGGACGGCCAAGGAUCGCAUGGCCAGACGGUUAGGAGGCGUCUUUUUGCGAGUCACCCCGAGAGGUGUGGUUUGUAAUGUCUCCGAUGCGUCGGUUGCUUUUCAGAUUUUUAGUAACAGGGGGGAGUUUCCGAAGUCGACGCAUCAGUAUGGGCUUUUGGAAUUGUACGGUCCGAAUGUAGUCACGGUUGAGGGCAGAGAGUGGCAGCAUCACCGCCGUCACACGGCGACCACGUUCAAUGAAAAGAACAACGCGCUGGUCUGGAAAGAGGCGAUCCACCAAACGAUUCAGAUGCUCGAGCACUGGCAGGAGAAAUCGCCAGCGAAUACCAAGCAGAGCUUCGUGGUAGAGCGGACCAGAGAAGACGGCCUCAAGCUGACUCUGAAUAUACUAUCGAGAGCUGGCUUCGGGGUCCCGAUUCCUUUCAAACCGGUGCAGCACGGUCGAGACCGCGAUCCAGAGAACAUCUUCGAAGACUCCACUACUCCGCCAGCAGGAUUCGACUUCACGUUUAGCACUGCGAUAGCAUAUGUCAGUACGAAGAUCGUCACUGUCCUUCUGGCGUAUAAGAUGAUACCCCGGCAGCUGCCGCGACAACUUGUUCCGUCGUUUGUUAGAGAAAAGAUAGCGGCGUAUCGAGAUCUCGACACUUAUCUGCAUAAGCUGGUUACCAGGGCGAAGGCCGGAGUGGAAUAUUCGGACGACAGCGCGGGAAAUCUAGUCGAUGGCAUGCUUUUGUCUCAGAAGCGUGGAGACCAGGAUGGGGGUGACCAAGGCCUGACUGAUCUUGAGAUUAUGGGAAACAUGUUCAUCUUCGCGAUCGCUGGACACGAAACGACCGCAACGACCUUCCGAUAUGCGAUUCUGCUUUUGGCUCUUCACCCGGAUGUGCAGGACUGGCUUUACGCAGAUGUUGUCGAAGCUACGCGGGAUGAGCCUUCUGAGAUCAGCGCCUGGGAUUAUGAGAGACUGUUUCCCAAACUUGUCACUCCUCUAUGCGUGAUGCUGGAAACUCUCCGUCUCUACCCACCCGUCGUAACCAUUCCAAAAUGGACAGGCUACUCGCCUAGCACCAUCACCUACCGCGGCGAAGACUACAUACUACCCGCCAAAACCAACGUCAAUGUCAAUGUUAAUGUCCUCCACCUAUCCGAAGAAUACUGGGGCCCCGACGCUAGACAGUUCAACCCCCAACGGUGGGACAUAAACAACAAGGAAAGCUUCCUAGCCAAGAACGUCGAUACACCGGGUCUCGUUGCUGCCGGGUUAGAGUUCCCAACCAUCCAUCGACCGGUUCGCGGCGCGUAUGCCCCAUUCAGCGAUGGAGUGAGGGCCUGUCUCGGGAAGAAAUUCGCCCAGGUGGAGUUUGUGGCUGCGUUGGCUGUUAUCGUCAAGCAGUAUCGGAUUGAGCUGUCUGACAAUAGCGACGAGGGCCGGCGGAAUGCAGAGAGGGUUUUGGAAGGGGGGAUUUCGGUUCUGACGUUGGGAAUGGAAGAGAAUGUUCCUUUGCGUCUUUGUAGACGGUGACUUCUUUGUUCGCCUUUCAGAUAAUGUGUCGUGUAGUUCGUGCCUUUGAUGCCUUUGCUUGUCUUCCGUUCAUGUCUUCGUUUUCUUUAUUUGAAGUCUUCUUUGCUACCCGAUGAGGUACAGCACGUCAUCAUGAGAGCUGUUGGAUACAGCGCUAUACUUCUCAUAUCACAGCUAUCAUUCUAAUUGAG